AUGCUUAUUCAGAAACAGAACCGUAAGGCCAUUUACGAGGCUCUCUUCAAAGACGGUGCUUUGGUCGCCGCCAAGGACUUCAAUGCUCCCAAGCACUCGGAAAUUGAUGUGCCUAACCUUGAAGUCAUCAAGGCCAUGCAAUCCUUGACCUCCAAGGGCUUCGUCAAGACCCAGUUCUCUUGGCAAUACUACUACUAUACCCUCACCAACGAGGGUAUUGACUACCUCCGCGACUAUCUUCACUUGCCCACCGAGAUUGUCCCUGCUACCUUGAAGAAGGCUGCUCGUCCCGCUGCUCCCCGUCGUGCUUUCGGUGAUGACCGCGAAGGAGCCCGUGCUCCCCGUGGCGAUCGUGGUGAUUACAGACGCAAGGAAGGUGCCUCUGGUGACUUCAAGCCCGAAUUCCGUGGUGGUUUCGGUCGCGCUCGC